GUUCUGGUGCCCGUAGCUGCAUCGGUGGAGAUGCACCCAACCCUUUCGCUGCCCAGGACUUGUGCACUGGAAUGUACUUAGGUAAACACUGCAUAGUAAAUAGCUCCGUUUUUAUACUGCCCACAGCCCCGCCAGCCAAUCAGAGGAGAGCGCGGUUUCAAGGCUGCCCCUUCUCACUAGCCUGCUCUAGGAAAACAAAGCUUAAUUUCCCCCAAAUCUUUUAUUUUCCCGCCUCUGAAGAUCACGGCUUUUAAUCGCAAGCCAAAGCGGGGCCCCGAGGUGCAGCGGUAACGAGUCUGGAUUCUCCAUGUUGAACCAAUUCUGAGAUUUGGGCUCGGGACUUGGCUAUACAGGAAUAUACAUUCUCCUCUCCAGGAUCGGGUUGCACACUUACAAUAUAUUAAUAUCGGGAUUGCUGGGUAGGGAAACAAGUCCUUCUAGGAUUUUCAGGCUGGGUGGAGAGUGGAAGAAACGAUCUGGAAAAAGCCCCGAUCCCCACUGCUUGUGUGCAAGUGUUAGAUGGAAAGCAGCUCUAUCAUCGCCCAAGUGCAGAGAGAAGAGGCGCUUGUGCAUUCAAAGCCAGGACUGGUGUCCAAAUCCUCCCCAAAGAAGCCUCGAAGUCGAAGCAUAUUUAAGGCGCUUUUCUGUUGCCUCAGUGCACAGAAUGUCAGCCGGCCAGCGGGCUCCAUUGAGCCACCGAUACCGAAGGAGGAGACGAACGCAACCCCAAAGUCGGAUUUACUCCAGUGUCUUCAGUAUCAGUUUUACCAGAUUCCAGGUACCUCUUUGCUACCUGAGGUAGCACCGAAAGACAAAGAAAAAAUAUGCAUGGUGAUCGACUUGGAUGAGACCCUGGUUCACAGCUCAUUCAAGCCCAUCAGCAAUGCAGAUUUCAUAGUUCCAGUGGAGAUAGAGGGAACAACACACCAGGUGUAUGUUCUAAAGAGGCCUUAUGUGGAUGAGUUCCUGGAGAGAAUGGGACAACUGUAUGAAUGUGUGCUAUUCACUGCCAGUUUGGCUAAGUAUGCUGACCCAGUGACAGACCUUCUAGACAAGUCAGGAGUCUUCCGCUCACGGCUUUUUAGGGAAGCCUGUGUGUUCCACCAGGGCUGCUACGUAAAGGACCUUAGUCGCCUGGGGAGAGAUCUGAAGAAAACAGUUAUUUUGGACAACUCCCCUGCAUCCUACAUCUUCCAUCCAGAAAAUGCAGUCCCGGUGCAGUCUUGGUUUGAUGACAUGUCUGACACAGAGCUUCUGAGCCUAAUCCCAAUCUUCGAAGAGCUCAGUUACUCAGAGGACAUUUAUACAAGUCUUGGGCAGCUGAAGGCCCAUUGAGCUGUCUAUACUGCCUUCCCUUUUAAAGGAACUUUUUAUAACUUUUAAUAUUCUUAGGUUUUUUUUCAUUGUUUUCCAAAUACUUCUCACAGUGCCUUUGGCCUCAGGUGAAGAGGAACCAAAAGUGGAGUUUGUGACGUGUCCGAGUGGGCGUUUCUCACAAACUUGGAGCAGUAGCCUAUGAGCAAGAGAGCUGCUAGCUUUCCUGUACCAAGCAUAGCGUCAUGGCUCAGUCCUAAUAGCCAGCGUGUUGAGUGGCAUGUUGGCCACAAAAGCAGGGAUACAUAUAAAUGCCAUUACUUUGGUGCACUGUUAGGGAAAGUGUCCUUUUUAUAUGAUAGUGGUACCAUGUACCUAACUUAUAGUUAUGCUGGAGUCUGGUGGCUUUUGGCAAUAUCAUUUAAUUGGUCUUAAUGUACCAUAUAUUUGUACAGCCUUCCUGUAUGGAUGCAGAGCCAUGCAGCUGAUCCAUAUAACACACUGGUACUUCUGAUAUAGUGCAUUACUAAGGACGAGUGUGCCUGAAAGCCUGGUGUGUUUUGGAAAGUGUAGGGUUCUAGGAAAGAUCUUGAGAGGUGUAUGACCAAAGGUAGGUGUUUUCCAAGAGUCUCUAAGAAAAUGUAGGUGCUAUAAUCGGUAGUUUUGUUUGGAAUUUGAUGUCUUACACAUCUGCAUUCACUGCAUUCAAGCACUAGCUGUCAUCACCUGAUAAAUUAUUCACUCAACCCUCGGAACAACUGAUGGUUUUCAGAGGUGCCUUAUUGGUGUUUUGGAGUCUUCCUUAUGUAGUAGGGAGAUGAUUUAGAUGAUUUUCCUAAUUUUGAACCUUUCACUUGAAAGUAGCUUUACUGAAAACCCAUCUGGUCCAGCGAGACCUACGGCACAUCACUUUUCUGGCACACAGCAGGGAGUUGGGGGCUUCUCUAUCUGGUUCUGAAGCUCUAGACAAAAGGUUCUCCAUUGACUUUCAGUACAGCUCUCUAUAUUAGAAAUGCUGGAGGCUGGCGUGUUUUACAGGGAUUGCUAAUUUAGCCUUAGCUUCCUGUGCAACCGCAAAACAUUCCCUUGUGUUCUCACUAGACACCUUUUACAUUUUGUUUUGUAUUUAACAAAAAAGCCAAAGGGAUAAGUAUUAAACGUUCUUACCCCACUUUCUAAUUAAUGACUUGAAGAGAAAAUCAUCUGCAGUUUUGAUUUGUUCUAAUUUUUAUGUUUUUAUUGAAAUUGGUGAUUUGCUACCUAAAUUCUUGAAUGCAACUGUUCUCUUAAGCUGGCCAUACUCUUGCCUAAAUUGGCUUCCAACUCAACCACUUAUUGGUCCAUGAAUGGGGUGACAAUGAUGCUUGCCUGACCUACAACUGCUCAGGUAUUGGCUAGAUAUCCUUUGGGCAGGUUUAAGAGUCCCUUUGGGUGUGGACCUAUUGAGGUCCUUUCCUGACAGACCUUUAUAGGCCCCAUUUGAGAUGUGAUAUUUUUUUAUGGAGGCCAAACAGUUGGAACAGUCCGGUUUGACCUACCACCAGGGUGGCCAAAUCGAGCAAAAACCCACUCACAAAACAAGUGGAUCUUUCUGUGUAUGACCAGCUUUACUUGGUAGUAGAAAGGGCAUUACAAACAUUCAGACUAUAGUAUAUUUUAAGGAUGUCCAUUAUCUGACUCUGCAAAUCCCAACAAGCCCAGUAGCUGAGGGGCAGAGGUGUUUCAUCCUGAUCCUGAUCCAUGUAGCUGUGCCAGAUCAGCACGUUAUAACACACACGGGUACCACAAAAACUAACCUUGGCUUCUGCAUUCUCUGCCAUCAUUGCAUCACAGAGUUUGGUCAGGUAAUACACCAUGCCUUGCCUUCUUUGAUUCUUUCAGCAGAAGAGCACACAAAACUGAGUUUUUGUUAUUGAAAUAUCUACUGUGUUAUAACUUCUACUAAUUCCACCCUGCUUGAUCCAUGCAGUGUUCAUCUCCAGGCAGUACAUUGCUGCAUGCUCAGGCACUCUAGGAUUCCUAGGCUUCCGCUGGACUGUUACAAAAUGGACCUCAGGGGAAAUGCAGUAUCCAUCCUGAAUGGAAUGAUUGCACAUUUGCUGUCUAGGCCUCUUCAAAUUAACACUCCUAGAACUUUUAUUUUUCUUCUGUACCUUUGUCAGGUGAAAAUGAACAUUCCUGUGUGUCCUUGAUUUUUAUCAGAAUGCGAGGGCCGUGUCUUUCUUGGACAGCGGCCCAUAAAAGGUGUUCGAUUUUGUGGAGAUUGAAGAAUGAAAGGGCUUUCAGCACAUUGCUGUGUUAAAAAAAAAAGUUUCCCAGUACAAAAGGGGUUAAUCAUUAUGGUGUGUAAUCUCUGUCACAGAGCAUGCAAUAAAAGUAUAUUUUUAUGCCCUAAA